AAAUGACGACAGAGGAACCAGAACUACCAUUAUCCAAAAAGCAAACCACAACCACAACUACGACUACAACUACAACCACAACUACAAAAACUUCAGCAAAUACACCCUAUACCAAGCUGCGCAAUGCCGCUCAGCAAAACACAAAAUGGAGACAGUCUAGUACAGGUGUGCACAUUCGACUCAGCGUCAUGAUCAUCGGCGUCAUUAUAGCGGUUGCAUGCUUUUAUGGCUCCACCGCUCCUCUAAAAUCAAUCAUGCUCUUCUUGUCAACGCUAUGCCCUCAUGGUCGACGCUGGAUCGACUGGAUCCCGUAUUCACGUUUACCGUUUUCACCAAUGCAGUGACCAUGAACCAGUGACGUUAGAAGAUGAGGAACUUUUCGCACAAACCAUACCCGGGCUUUCUGCAUACCCUGAUCACCCUGAGAAAGCAGCUGAAUCUUUAGACGUAUUAUUAAACGAUGCUGUUAAAGUUGUGCCUGAACACCUGCAAAGAAAAACACCGAUCGCUGUCAAGGCUACAGCAGGUCUACGUUUAUUAGGUCAAGAAAAGAGUGAAAAUAUUCUCAAAGCAGUUCGGCAUCGUCUGGAAACCAAAUACCCGUUUCCUAUUGUAGGUGGCGAAGAUGGCGUUGCCAUCAUGGAUGGCCGCGACGAAGGUGUCUUUGCUUGGAUUACCGUCAAUUUCUUACUCGGCCAUUUCGAUCGUUCAGAUACGCACACAGCUGCCAUUUUGGAUCUGGGCGGUGGAUCCACUCAGAUUGUUUUUGAACCGGAUCGUCUUCCGGACGGUCGUUUGCCAGAGUUACCUGACAACGAUUUCAAAUACGUACUCAAGCAUGAAGGACGAGAGUACGUCUUGUAUCAACAUUCUUAUUUGGGCUAUGGUUUAAUGGAAGCCCGCAAACGCAUGCAUCAACAAAUUCUGAGCCACUUACCGGAGGAUGUCUCGCAGGAAGAAAGAGACGAGAUUUUUCAUGCAUGUUUGCCGCAAGGUUUGACGUGGAAAUAUUCAAAGUUAGCUGAGCCUAUCCACUUCAAGGGGUUGGGAGCCUAUGACGAUUGUUUGGGCAUCGCCGACUUGAUCUUGAACAAAGAAAAGGAAUGUGAGCUUGCCCCUUGCUCUUUCAAUGGUAUCUACCAGCCACGUUUUGGUGAAAGCUUCACGCAAGGACCUAUCUAUGUUUUCUCCUAUUUCUACGAUCGUACGCAACCUUUGGGUCUGCCGGCUUCCUUCCGUCUACCUGAAUUAGCCGCACUGACAGAAUCCAUCUGUAAUGGAGAGUUUUUGGAAAAUGUGACGGAUAUUGCCUUGAGAGAUGAAAUUCUGGAUCGUCCUGAAUGGUGCUUAGAUUUAUCCUUUAUUUAUCGCUUACUCUCGUUUGGUUAUGAAAUCCCUCAUACUAGAGAAAUCACCGUUGCAAAGAAGAUCAAUGGCGUCGAGACCGGUUGGUGUUUGGGUGCUGCUAUCGCUAUUCUGGGCGAUAACUCAUUGAAGGAAGAAGCCCACUAACUCUGUAUCUUUUUAUUAUGCUGCAUACCAUGACAAUUGUAUUUAUCCAUCUCUCUUUCUUUAACAUCUCAAUAAAGUAUUGUACAAAG